AUGGAGAUUGGGGAUAACUUAUUCCAAUUUGUUUUCGGAUUGGAGGAAGAUCUUGUUCGUGUGACUGCCGGAAAACCUUGGUUUUUUAAUAACAGCUUCCUAAUCCUCACUAAGUGGCAUGUAGAUGUGCAACAGUUGGUGUUUAAACACUCGCCCAUUUGGAUUCAAGUUUGGGGACUACCACUUCAGUUUUAUUCUGUUGAGGUUGGCACCAAAAUUAGCAAAAGCAUGGGUGAGUUUUUGGAGAUUGAUAUGCCCGUUUCGGGGCAUCGAGAGGGCUGUUUGAUGCGAAUCUUGGUUAGUAUUGAUAUUACUGUUCCUGUCCGUAGGGGAAUGAAGUUGAAACUCGAUGAUGGGCAACCUUUUUGGGUGGAAUUUCGUUAUGAAAAACUUCCUAUGUUUUGCUGCUAUUGUGGUUUUAUUGGACAUGAGCAGAAAAGUUGUAUCAAACAGACUAAGGACAUGGAGAACGGAAUUUUUGUUGUGGAUUCACAGUAUGGGAAUUGGCUUUGA